AUGGACAGUCCAUGGGGGCGUGCAAACCUAAACUCCUUCUUUCGCGACCCUUCCGAUGCGACGGAACGGCUGAUCUGGUUGAGUUCAGACCCAAUCUGGAACUUUCGCUUAGCGAGUGCCCGGCAAACCCACGGUCACGACGAGACCUGGUCACCGGAAACAUAUGAAAACCGCAUGCCAUACGAUUGGGUCAUUAUGGAUCCGUUCCUCGCUGGAACGAUCACGUUUGUGGUCAUGCAUGCUGCUAGUGACCUGUUACUUCUAUCGCAGAACGGCAAUGGACUUGUACUGGGAUAUGCGCACCUUUACAACUUCCUUCAUAACGCCCAUAGCGCAAAUGAGGCAGAUUCGUCGGAGAAGUUAGUUACGAAAGACUGGAAAGAUAUCGACAAUGCAAUUGCACUGCUUGGAGAGUCCGGUAUCUUCAUGGGCAGUAGACCGACAGCACUCGACCAAGAAGAAGCAAAUUGUUAG